AUGCCACCCGCAUACCCUUCAAAGCAUCAUACUGUCUUCGUCAAUUCAACAUCUCCUCAGAACGAUUCAGCGCUAUUCAGCACGAUCCCAUCUGAGAUACGCUCCAUCAUAUUCACCUAUGCUCUAGCUUCCUACGCUACAGUCGAUCCGAACAAAGCCUACCGACCUGAUGCCGUCUACACUCGUCCAGAGUACACUGCGCCACAUAUUCCUGACGUUGCUUUACUAUCCACUUGCCAAGCUGUCUACCACGAAUCUUGGUGGCGCCUUUGGGAGAAUGCGCAACAUACCUUCUGGCUAACUGCUCUGGAUCGCUCUCCCUUGACCGAAUUGCAGACGAGGAAGCAGCGACUUCUCUAUGGCGAUAAGUCAGCAGCCCCUCGAAGGAUACAGCCAGCACAGCACAGUGACUUUCAGCAACGCCUGCGUGCGCUCUUCAUCUCUAGGCCCGAACCCUCAACUACUCCAAGCGAUGAGUCCAGUACUGUUGACAAGUCGCCUCCAGUCGAGCUUGGGCACGCCCGCAUCUUCCCUCAACUCUAUAUGCUCGAACCCGGAAAUGCACUCAACCAGCUCUACAAACUCCCUCACUUCCACCCCCGCUGCAUCACCAUAACUCUCCGACAUACCGACUGGUGGUUCUGGGAGAACGACCAUCACCUCUUCAUCCGCAGUGGUUUCGUCAACAAAGUCCGCCUCCCGCGCUCGUGUAAGGUCUUCUGUAUGGAGCUCGAGUCAUUAGAGCGCAAAAAGGCUCAGAUCGAUUAUGUUGCUGCCCAGAUGUGCGACGACUGGCAAUUCUCACGUGCUGAAGACAACAUGCCUUUCAGGGCGGACUCUAAGGAUUGCGAGACCACUACUUGGGAAGGCAGCAGUAUGUGGCAUGGUCAGCGCUGGGUUCGCGACGAAGUCGACGAGCGCCCAGAGAAACUAUCCUACUACGUCAAGACUGUGUUGUCCGAGAGCGAGUACAAACGUCCACACGCGGCCGAAAUCCACGUUCCAACUGCUCUCGCCCAGACUACGAGAGCUCCAAAUGCUGUAGCUGCGCCUGGCGCAAUGGGAGUCAGCACGCAAGGCGACUUCCUGAACAACAAUGAGCUGGUUCAGGCGUUGGUUCCCGCAGGCACCCCGGCCAGCGAAGCGAGACAGAUGGUCGCUGAUUGGAAGGAACGACGGCGACAGCGGUAUGUUCGGGAGACUGGCUUCAGGCUCGCUCAUCAGGGGCCGCCUGGCGGCUUUAUACCCAUCGGUGACAGCCAGGCCAAUGCUCAGAGCAACAGCCCGGCCAACGAUCAUGCCAGCGUCCAGGCCAACGACGGCUCCAACGACGAUUCCGAUGAUGGAACCGAUGACGAGACCAGCGACUAG